GCGCCCGCACGCUCCAUCGUCACAACACACACCGGAAAACAGCUGAUGUCAUUGAGAGAACGACACACUGCCACCGAUAACCGGGAAUAUACACACUUAUCGCGUAACCCUAUAGCAUCACGCUCCCCUUGUCUAUCUCUGGCUGGUCUCUCUGCCCCCCUCUGACCUGGGGAUGAAUGCACCAAUGAGGAGCCAGCUCACAGGUAUGCCUGAUCGCAUGUUAUGUGCAGUGCUGGAGCAAUUUCAGCUUUACUUUUCCCUUUGAUCCACUCUCUGUAUAGUACAGCCAGCCCCAGCAUGCUGAAGAGGAAGCAGAGCUCGAGAGUUGAGGCCCAGCCCAUGACUGACUUUGGGCCCGACGAAACCCUCGCCGACAGCGCCGACAUCUUCUGGAUCAACAAACCAUGGGUGCACUCUCUGCUGCGAGCCUGUGCCAUCAUCAGCGUCAUCAGCGUGUGUAUGAACACACCCAAGACGUUCGAGCACUACCCCCCGCUGCAGUACGUGACCUUUACCCUGGACACGCUGCUCAUGUUCCUCUACACCGCUGAGAUGAUCGCCAAGAUGCACAUCAGAGGAAUCAUCAAGGGUGAUAACUCGUACGUCAAGGAUCGCUGGUGUAUGUUUGAUGGCUUCAUGGUCUUCUUCCUCUGGGUGUCUCUGGUGCUUCAGGUGUUUGAGAUAGCGGAUGUUGUUGACCAGAUGUCUCCCUGGGGCAUGUUGAGAAUCCCCAGAGCCCUCAUCAUGAUCCGAGCAUUCAGGAUCUACUUCCGCUUCGAGCUGCCACGCUCACGCAUCACCAACAUCCUCAAGCGAUCAGGGGAACAGAUCUGGAGUGUGUCGAUAUUCUUGCUCUUCUUCCUCCUUCUGUAUGGAAUUCUGGGAGUUCAGAUGUUCGGAACAUUCAAUCAUCACUGUGUUACCAACGACACAACGAAUGGUACUGUGACAUGGAACAGCCUGGCCAUCCCCGACACCCACUGUUCGCCAGACGGGGAGGGAUACCUGUGUCCUUUGGGCUUUAAGUGUGUGGACUUGGAAGAACUGGGGCUCAGCAGACAGGAGCUGGGCUACAGCGGCUUCAACGAGCUCGGUACCAGUAUCUUCACCGUGUACGAGGCAGCCUCUCAGGAGGGAUGGGUGUUCCUUAUGUACAGAGCCAUCGACAGUUUCCCUCGCUGGCGCUCCUACUUCUACUUCAUCACGCUCAUCUUCUUCCUCGCCUGGCUUGUCAAGAAUGUUUUCAUUGCGGUCAUCAUUGAAACGUUUGCUGAGAUCAGAGUUCAGUUCCAGCAGAUGUGGGGGUCCCGAAGCAGCACCACCUCUACUGCUACCACACAGAUGUUCCACGAGGACUCGGCUGGAGGAUGGCAGCUUGUUGCUGUGGACGUCAACAAACCCCAUGGCCGUGCACCAGCCUGCCUCCAGCAACUGAUGCGCUCCUCUAUCUUCCACAUGUUCAUUCUGACUAUGGUUGCGGUAGACGUAAUCGUUGCCGCUAGCAACUACUACAAGGGCGAGAACCACCAAAGGCACUAUGACGAGUUCUACCUGGCUGAGGUUGCCUUUACAGUGCUGUUUGACCUGGAGGCUAUGCUUAAGGUCUGGUGCCUGGGCUUCACAGGCUACAUCAUCUCCUCUCUGCACAAGUUUGAGUUGCUGCUGGUGGUGGGGACCACCCUGCACAUCUACCCUGACCUCUACCACUCCCAGUUCACCUACUUCCAGGUACUGCGAGUGGUGCGUCUGAUAAAGAUCUCCCCGGCACUAGAGGACUUUGUGUACAAGAUAUUUGGUCCCGGUAAGAAGCUGGGCAGCUUGGUGGUGUUCACAGCGAGCCUGCUCAUAGUCAUGUCAGCCAUCAGUCUACAGAUGUUCUGCUUCGUGGAGGAACUGGACCGAUUCACCACCUUUCCCAGAGCAUUCAUGUCUAUGUUCCAGAUCUUAACCCAGGAGGGUUGGGUGGAUGUGAUGGACCAAACUCUUGUGGCUGUUGGUCAAAUGUGGGCUCCUGUAGUGGCGAUCUACUUCAUCCUCUACCAUCUGUUUGCUACUCUGAUUCUGCUCAGUCUUUUCGUGGCUGUCAUCCUUGAUAAUCUAGAGUUGGAUGAAGACUUGAAGAAACUCAAACAACUGAAGCAAAGUGAGGCGAACGCAGAUACCAAAGAGAAGCUGCCCCUACGUCUAAGGAUCUUUGAGAAGUUUCCUAAUCGGCCCCAGAUGGUCAAGAUCUCCAAGCUGCCUUCUGAUUUCACUGUGCCCAGAAUCAGGGAGAGUUUCAUGAAGCAGUUCAUCGAUCGGCAGCAGCAGGACACCAGCUGCCUGUUCCGCCGCCUUCCUUCCGCAUCCUCCUCUUCCUGUGACCAUUCCAAGCGAUCCGCCAUAGAAGACAACAAAUACAUCGACCAGAAGCUCCGCAGGUCAAUAUUCAGCAUCAGAGCUCGCAACCUCCUGGAGAAGGAAACUACUAUCAAUAAAAUCCUCCGGGCUUGUACCAGACAGCGUAUGCUUAGUGGAUCCUUUGAGGGCCAACCACUGAAAGAGCGCUCCAUCCUCAGUGUCCAACACCAUAUACGCCAAGAACGCAGGUCUCUGAGACAUGGCUCCACUAGUCAGAGGAUCAGCAGAGGAAAGUCCCUGGAGACACUCACACAAGAUCAUUCCAGUACAGUGCGUUAUCGUAACGCCCAGCGAGAAGAUAGUGAGAUCAAGAUGAUCCAGGAGAAGAAGGAGCAGGCCGAGAUGAAGCGCAAGGUCCAGGAAGAGGAACUGAGGGAGAACCAUCCUUACUUUGACAAACCUCUCUUCAUUGUGGGGAGAGAGCACCGCUUCAGAAACUUCUGUAGGACUGUAGUGCGGGCACGCUUCAAUGCAUCCAAAACAGAUCCGAUAACAGGAGCGGUGAACUCCAAAUACCACCAGCUUUAUGAUCUCCUGGGGCUGGUCACCUAUCUGGACUGGGUGAUGAUCGUAGUGACCAUCUGCUCCUGUAUCUCCAUGAUGUUUGAGUCUCCUUUCACCAGGGUCAUGCAUGUACCCACUCUACAGAUAGGAGAGUAUGUCUUUGUCAUCUUCAUGAGUAUCGAGCUGAACCUGAAGAUCAUGGCGGACGGCCUGUUCUUUACUCCUACAGCCGUCAUCAGAGACUUUGGAGGAGUCAUGGACAUCUUCAUCUACCUCUGUAGUCUGAUCUUCCUGUGUUGGCUGCCUGCUAACGUGCCUCCGGAGUCUGGGGCUCAGCUGCUGAUGAUGCUGAGGUGUCUUCGCCCCCUUCGCAUCUUUAAACUGGUGCCCCAGAUGAGGAAGGUGGUGCGGGAGGUCAUCAAGGGUUUCAAGGAGAUUUUCCUGGUCUCCAUCCUGCUCCUGACACUAAUGCUGGUGUUUGCAAGCUUCGGCGUCCAGCUCUUUGCUGGAAAACUAGCCAAGUGCAAUGACCCCCACGUAUUCCUUCGGGAGGACUGCCAUGGAAUCUUCCGGAUCAACGUGAGUGUGUCUAAAAACCUCAAUCUCAAACUAAGACCAGGAGAGAAGAAGCCUGGCUUCUGGGUGCCAAGAGUGUGGGCCAACCCUCGCAACUUUAAUUUUGACAAUGUGGGUAAUGCCAUGCUGGCUUUGUUUGAGGUCCUGUCACUCAAAGGCUGGGUGGAGGUCCGUGAUGUCAUCAUUCACCGCGUCGGACCGAUACAUGGUAUCUACAUCCACGUGUUUGUCUUUCUGGGCUGUAUGAUUGGACUCACUCUGUUUGUCGGAGUGGUCAUCGCUAACUUCAAUGAGAACAAGGGUACUGCUCUGCUGACAGUGGACCAGAGGAGGUGGGAGGACCUGAAGAGUCGACUGAAGAUUGCCCAGCCUCUCCACCUCCCCCCACGCCCAGAGAAUGCAGGGUUCCGUGCCAAGAUGUAUGACAUCACUCAGCACCCCUUCUUCAAACGGGGUAUCGCUGUGCUGGUUUUGGCCCAGUCAGUGCUGCUGUCUGUCAAGUGGGAUGUAGAUGACCCAGUAACAAUGCCACUUGCUACCAUGUCAGUGGUCUUCACCAUUAUCUUUGUGUUAGAGGUGACGAUGAAGUUCAUAGCUAUGUCCCCGGCGGGGUACUGGCAGAGCAGACGGAACCGCUACGAUUUACUGGUGACAAUACUGGGAGUCAUCUGGAUAGUCUUGCACUUUGCUCUACUGAAUGCAUAUACUUACAUGAUGGGCACCUGUGUGAUCGUCUUCAGGUUCUUCACCAUCUGUGGGAAGCAUGUGACUCUGAAGAUGCUACUGCUGACAGUCGUGGUCAGUAUGUAUAAAAGCUUCUUCAUCAUCGUGGGAAUGUUCCUUCUCCUCCUCUGCUACGCCUUCGCUGGAGUCGUCCUAUUCGGAACCGUUAAAUACGGAGAGAACAUCAACAGGCAUGCUAACUUCUCCACGGCAGGGAAGGCCAUCACGGUUCUGUUCCGUAUUGUCACGGGGGAAGACUGGAAUAAGAUCAUGCAUGACUGCAUGGUGCAGCCUCCAUUCUGUACCCCCGAUAAGCAUCGCUACUGGGAGACGGACUGUGGGAACUACGCAGGGGCACUCAUCUACUUUUGCUCCUUCUAUGUCAUCAUUGCUUACAUCAUGCUUAACCUCCUUGUGGCCAUCAUCGUGGAGAACUUCUCUCUCUUCUACUCCACUGAGGAGGACCAGCUACUGAGCUACAACGACCUCCGACACUUUCAGAUUAUCUGGAACAAUGUGGAUGACAAGAGAGAGGGAGUGAUCCCAACAUCGCGGGUGAAGUUCCUGCUGCGUCUGCUGAGGGGCAGGCUAGAGGUAGACCUGGAUAAGGACAAGCUGCUGUUCAAACACAUGUGCUAUGAGAUGGAAAGGCUGCACAACGGAGGGGACGUCACCUUCCACGACGUGCUCAGUAUGUUGUCAUACCGUUCAGUGGAUAUCAGGAAGUCUCUACAGCUGGAGGAGCUGCUGGCUAGAGAGCAGCUGGAGUACACUAUAGAAGAAGAGGUCGCCAAGCAGACCAUACGCAUGUGGCUCAAGAAGUGCCUCAAACGCAUCCGUGCUAAGCAGCAGCAGUCGUGCAGCAUCAUCCACAGCCUGAGAGAGAGCCAGCAGCAGGAGCUCAGUCGCUUCCUCAACCCCCCCAGCAUACAGACCACCCUGCCUAGUGAGGACAUCAACGCUAACCAGGACCAUUCAACACAGCCAGAGUUGAGUGGUCUCCAACAGCUGCUGAGUCCUACUCUGUCAGACCGUGGGGGAUACAGACAGGACUCCUCAGAACGCCCUCAGAGGAAACUGGGACAGUGGAGACUACCUGCAGGUCGUACCAGUGUCAAGUCCAUGGUGUGUAAGAUGAACCCUGUGAGUGACGAAGCCUCCUCGGGUUCAGAGGUCAAGAAAUGGUGGACGCGUCAGCUGACCGUUGAGAGUGACGAGAGCGGUGAUGACCUCAUAGAUAUUUAAAGGGGAAACUCAGAAAAUUCAACCAUGCUCACAUAUCGAACGAGAACUAGGAUAGACAACUAUAGCUCUGAGCACUCAGUGUCAACACAGUACUCUGGUGGUUGAAACGUUUCUUGAAACGUUCUUUCAAGGUUUUUUCAAGCAUAUCCCAUUCAUACUUGACUGAUUGGAGAAGUGACAGCGUGGACAUCCUCCUCGCAAGUCUCUCCAUCAGCAGCCAUCUUACAUCUGUGGGACGUUAUGAUCAGUUUUUUCUCAAAAUGGUGGCUUGUGGACACAGGAAAAUGUCUCUUGGUUUGCAGUUAAGGCCAUUUCAAGAACGUUGAUUGUUAGAAACAACGCUUUAGCUGUUUGGUUUAAAGACUGUAUAUGAAUGUACAAAGCCAAUCCCAUGACACCAUUAAUUCCUAUGUGAAGACUCAAUAGCCCAUUAGAAGCCCAAAAAGUCAGUUAAGAUGGCGUCUAUAGAAUACAUAACAUACGCAGUUUGAGCUACUCCAGGAAGUGAUAUUGCAGGCUAGCUCAGUGCUUCCUCAUCUCAUUGAGUAUCAAUGUUAAAGUCCGACCGGGAUACUGCAGGCUGCAAUUUGCAACUAAAACGAGGCAACAAUAAACAAGUCGUCCCCCUUGGGCCAAUCCGUGUAAUUUUGUAAGUGAUGGAUCUGUAUGGAAAGACUCAUCAUUCACCCAAGUUUUAUCAAAAUCGGGCAAGUGGUAUCUGAGGUUUUGUGUGUGACUUAUGCACGUACACUUGAUUACUACAGUGCACCCUUUGGCCAAUUAGUGUAAUUUUGGAAAUGGUGGAUCUAUGUAGCAAGACGCAUCAUUCACCCAAGUUUAGUCAAACUCGUGCCAGUGGUGUCUGAUAAAUUGUGUGGGUAAGCUAGACUCAUAUCCCUGAGCAUGGGUGCCACAUUUAAUCACUUAGUCAAACAGAUCAAGAGAUAUAAACAUGUACCUGUUAUUGCGCCACCGUGUAGUCGAUAUGAUUGUUCUUGCAUAUGCUGAGUUUAAACAGUGGUACAUGUGUACCAAAUAUUGUUACAAUACGGAUAUCCUUAACUGAUUUAAAUGCAUUUAUGUGCCAGACCAUGCCAGUGUGAAUGUUUAUUGGUCAAUAGCGGCCAAGUUGUUUUAGGUACUAGUCUGGAAAGGAAUGUGUUGAGGGACCUUUUCCCAAUGAUGCCACAUAUCAAGUUUUGUGCAGAUCGGUCAUUCGGUGCUUGAGGAGUAGCGUUUUAAGGUCAAGUUUCUUGCAGAUCGGUCAUUCGGUGCCAGAGGAGUCACGUUUGAAGGUCAAGUUUCGUGCAGAUCGGUCAUUCGGUGCUUGAGGAGUAGCGUUUUAAGGUCAAGUUUCCUGCAGAUCGGUCAUUCGGUGCCAGAGGAGUCACGUUUGAAGGUCAAGUUUCGUGCAGAUCGGUCAUUCGGUGUCUGAGAAGUAGCGUUUUAAGGUCAAGUUUCGUGCAGAUCGGUCAUUCGGUGCCAGAGGAGUCACGUUUGAAGGUCAAGUUUCGUGCAGAUCGGUCAUUCGGUGCCUGAGGAGUAGUGUUUUAAGGUCAAGUUUCGUGCAGAUCAGUCAUUCGGUGCCAGAGGAGUAGCGUUUUAAGGUCAAGUUUCAUGCAGAUCGGUCAUUCGGUGCCAGAGGAGUAGCGUUUUAAGGUCAAGUUUCGUGCAGAUCGGUCAUUCGGUGCCAGAGGAGUAGCGUUUUAAGGUCAAGUUUCGUGCAGAUCGGUCAUUCGGUGCCAGAGGAGUCACGUUUGAAGGUCAAGUUUCGUGCAGAUCGGUCAUUCGGUGCCAGAGGAGUCACGUUUGAAGGUCAAGUUUCGUGCAGAUCGGUCAUUCGGUGCCUGAGAAGUAGCGUUUUAAGGUCAAGUUUCGUGCAGAUCGGUCAUUCGGUGCCAGAGGAGUCACGUUUGAAGGUCAAGUUUCGUGCAGAUCGGUCAUUCGGUGCCUGAGGAGUAGUGUUUUAAGGUCAAGUUUCGUGCAGAUCAGUCAUUCGGUGCCAGAGGAGUAGCGUUUUAAGGUCAAGUUUCAUGCAGAUCGGUCAUUCGGUGCCAGAGGAGUAGCGUUUUAAGGUCAAGUUUCGUGCAGAUCGGUCAUUCGGUGCCAGAGGAGUAGCGUUUUAAGGUCACGUUUCGUGCAGAUCGGUCAUUCGGUGCCAGAGGAGUAGCGUUUUAAGGUCAAGUUUCGUGCAGAUCGGUCAUUCGGUGCCAGAGGAGUAGUGUUUUAAGGUCAAGUUUCGUGCAGAUCGGUCAUUCGGUGCCAGAGGAGUAGCGUUUUAAGGUCAAGUUUCGUGCAGAUCGGUCAUUCGGUGCCUGAGGAGUAGCGUUUUAAGGUCAAGUGUCGUGCAAAUCGGUCAUUCGGUGCCUGAGAAGUAGCGUUUUAUGGUCAAGUUUCGUGCAGAUCGGUCAUUCGGUGCCUGAGGAGUAGAGUUUUAAGAUCAGGUUUCGUGCAAAUCGGUCAUUCGGUGCCUGAGGAGUAGCGUUUUAAGGUCAAGUUUCGUGCAAAUCGGUCAUUCGGUGCCUGAGGAGUAGCGUUUAAAUUUUUUUUCUCACAAAAUUCUAAAUUGAGGAAAAUCCAUCAUGGCAGACCUUAUGGCUCCCUGAGGCAAAUAUUUUCCUUGUGAGGAGCUAUGUCCCGAAUUUCAUGACUUUAGGUCAAAUGGGGUUAGCGGUGUGACCAUUCAAAGAUUGCAUUUUCAAUUGCUUGUUAUAGCGCCACCAUCUGGCCAAUCAGUAUAAUUUUGUAAAUUACUGAUCUCUAUGGCAAGAUGCAUCAUUCAAUAAGUUUUGUGCAAAUCUGGCCAGUGCUGUUUGAGAUAUUGCAUGUAGCAAACAUACUACCAGACGGAGACAGAUCCAGAGUCCCCCCUCCCCUUCCCGAUUUCAUCGUGGGGGUCAUUUGUCUUCUGUGUGCAAUUUUAAAACAAUUGGUUCAAGGACACACAUCUGGUGUAAUAGAAGCAAUUAUUGGUACCAUGAUUGUCUUCACAAAGAUUGCCCUUUUCCCAUUCACUGUAAGCGGAGAUCCUGUUUUCUGCAAACAAUGCCUGCAGUAUCGCGGUCGGCCUUGAACUUUGUGGCUUCAAUGAGAGGGGGCAGUCGUUCUCCCCUGGUUUGGUGGCUCACAAGAACAUCAAAAAAGGGUCAAUGCCUCAAUGCAGAGUUUGGGAACCACUGAUUUUAGAGUCCCAUUGACAUCUGUGCUUUUCCAUGUUGAUGUUUUUCUAUGCAGGAAGUUCUUAUAGUGUCCAUUAAACAGAACCUCUAUGUGGUACCCUGUCACGACAACCUUUGAUUAGCAUCACUGUCCAUUAAACAGAACCUCUAUGUGGUACCCUGUCACGACAACCUUUGAUUAGCAUCACUGUCCAUUAAACAGAACCUCUAUGUGGUACCCUGUCACGACAACCUUUGAUUAGCAUCACUGUCCAUUAAACAGAAGCUCUAUGUGGUACCCUGUCACUACAACCUUUGAUUAGCAUCACUGUCCAUUAAACAGAACCUCUAUGUGGUACCCUGUCACGACAACCUUUGAUUAGCAUCACUGUCCAUUAAACAGAACCUCUAUGUGGUACCCUGUCACUACAACCUUUGAUUAGCAUCACUGUCCUUUUAGUUGUGAAUGUCAGGGAGUGUUUAUCGGUAAAUACAAAAUGAGAGUCAUAUAAAUGAUCAAGUCUACAAGCUACAGGACAUUGUGUCAUCUUGCUAUUAUAUCGUUUUAGGAGAUUAUUUUAUUACAAUAUAGCUAUACAAUACCACACCAAAACAAUGGAUACAUAUUAAUUGUAUGUUGUUGCUGUAACUUUAAUUUAUGAAAUAUGAUGAUUGAAAUGCUUGAACUUUAUAGAUAUAGUUCCGUGUCAUUCCCCUGUUGUCUUUGUUAAUUGUGCCUGUGUCUCUCCCAAUCUCCAGUGUUUCAUUGUACACUUACUGUCAGUUUGCUUAUAACCACUUAAUUCUAUUCGAAUCCAGGUUUCUUGUUCUGUAGUAGAACGACCCAAAGGAAAAUAGUUAUAAUUACGGGGGAAAGGACAUAUGUUGGUACAUGACUGUGAAUGUUCUUUCAGAUUAAAUUAAUUUAUGUGUGGAAUUGUGUGGGCAAAAAUAUCAGAUAUAUUUUAUAAUCUAUGGCAUAUAAAUCCAUUUUGGUUUGUUUGUACAGUAUUGCAUAAUUUCAAAUAAAGGCCUUUUGGCACCAACAGUGAGCUCCAAAAGUA